AUGAAUCCGAUUUGCAAGGACAAUAUCAACAGCCCGGAGUGCCAGCAGUGGAUCAGCGAGGUGUACGCCCACUGCAAUCGCCUGCUGGCGGACGGUCAGCUGGAGUUCUGGGACGAAUGGUGGCUCAGUGAGCAGCCGGUGGCAGUCUACCAGGUGCCGCACCCAAUGUCCGCCUCCGAGUGCCAUACGCUGAAGCAGCUGAUCGAGCGCGAGAUCGCCGCAGCCGCCAGCCUGAAGCCGGAGCUGCGCUUCGACCUGGAGAACAUGGACUCCAGCUGGCGCUUGGUCGUCGUCAUAUUCGUCUUGUGCGCUGCGCUGGGCAUCAUUGGCGCCAUGGUCUGGCUGCUGAACAGCACGCUGAGUCGCAUUGCGCGGCCCGAUUGCGGGGACUGCGAGUAUCAAGGGGCUGGCUUCAGGGCGAGCAGGCAGACGCCCCGAUCUUUCAUCUCGUUUGGCAACCCCUGCCAUCCGAAGACCCGCUUUGGGCCCUAUCGGCACAACAGACUCGUUGUGCCACGUGGCGCCUGCAGGGCCACCAGGCGAUAA